AUGACUAGCGCUUCAAUGAACCUUCUUAAUGCUGAAAUAUUGACCGAAUUCAAUUACACAACUUGGAAGGAAUUGAUUAAAACUAUGUUCAUGGUUAACGACCUUAACUUCGUCUUGACUGAGGAAUGUCCUCCAAUUCCAACCUUUGAUGCAACACAAAAUGUUCGUUAUGCAUACAAAAGGUGGAUGAAGGCUAAUUUUGAGGCUCGGGUUCACAUUUUGGCAUGCAUCAUCAUAUCUGAUGCCUUGGCCAAAAGAUUUGAGAGCAUGGUCAAUGCACUUCGAAUCAUGCAAUCAGUGCAAAAGUUGUUUGAGUGA